AGGGAAUCUUCCUCCCACCCGUUUUUGUGUUUUUCAGUUCGGCUCUCACAACUCCCUCCAGACAGCCGCAGUAUCUACCUGAUCGCUCAUCCAUAUGCGACACGUGCCGCACAAUGUCGGUCCUCAACGAGCGCGACUUCCCUCUACUUCCAUCACAAAAUGCUAUGCGUCGACGCGCCGCUGAGCGUGGAGUCAAAGCCACUGCCGCAGGAUCACCUACACCCGGGUCGCUUGCGACAAUAAAUGAUCUCCCCAAUGAGCUUAUGUGGCAGAUACUCGACUACUUGCCCAGCAUGGAUAUUGAAGACUUUCAGCUUCAUACGCUCCUCAGUCUGGCAUUGACUAGUCGGCGUCUCUACCAAGCCGUAAUUGGCACGAUCUACUCCAAAUACGAUAGCCUUUUCUGCGAGCCCUACACUUUCCUCCGUACCAUGAUAGCGAAUCCGGAGCUCGCAAAGUUUGUCCACGCUAUGAACAUUGAAUUCGGCAUGUACAGUAGCCAUCCCUCCCAGCGCUACCAUGCGACAGCGAGUGACAAGAAAAUCAUCAAGGAAGGAUUGCGCGCGCUGGGUACAUCCGACUGGAAAGAGUGGGCAACUAGAUGCAACGGAGCCUACCUCAAUAACUACGCGCCACAGAAGCACGCUCUACAGAACGCGAUAUUGUUGCUCACACCAGAGAUUAAACGUCUCAGCGUUCGAGGACUUGCAAAGGAGGACUUGCGACAUCCUUCCUGGAUCGAUCUCAUAAGCAAGGCCGCGACAGGUCACCUUUCUUCUCAAGCCCACCGCUUCAAACACCUAGGAUCGAUCAGCGUCGAGGCAGGUUCGUUAGGUUUGAGCGAACUUGCACCUCUAUUCCGGCUGCAGUCGUUGCGAAAGCUGCAAUUAAGCCAAACCUACAUGUAUGGAUAUCGCCAACUCGAUGCAGAAGGCGUACACAAAUUACAGCGUCUGAUCCCAAAAGCCUGCAACGACUUGGAGGAGCUUGAUCUAGAGAGCACUUAUUACAACUCGUCGUUGCUGGAAGUAAUGGUCUCCUCAUCGCGGUGCUUGAAGAGUAUCAAAUACGAGGCAGAUUCUGAACUUCACCUGUCAGAACGGCCACUGCCAAACGGAGAGCCAUACAAAACGCUGUCUGAAGUUCUACACUGCCAGAAGGCAUCACUUGAGAGUCUUCGAGUUUGCUGCGACCCAAUCGUCGAGGAUGAAAUAGAGCGCAGCGUUCAUCUCCGUGAUAAUCUCGAAGGCUUUGCUUCGCUAAAACAUCUCAGCUGUCCACUAGGCAUGCUCUUGAACCAUGAUACCGAUAACUUUGUUGAACGAUUACCAUCCUCGCUGUUGACGCUUCGAACGCCAGUCCGGCGUCACACCGAGGACCAACAGUGCUUGGAGGCUCUGAGAGAGGUGGCAACUUCUUAUCGGAAAUAUGUACCCAAGUUGGAAGAAGUUCGGGUGGUUGCUCCAGAGGCUGCAUCAUGGUUCACAUAUGAUUGGGAGCCUUUUGUUAAGCUCUUUUUGGCUGGAACAGGCAUCAGCUUCGUAGUAGAACCAGGAGACACUGAAGACGAUGCCUUCAGUGACUGGGAUGGUCAUGAGACUGACUCAUCGCGCUCCUCAGAUGAGUAUGAUCUGUAUAGCGACGAGGAUUGAUGGAACAGCAUUGCUCAGGACAUCACGAUGGCGGCCUUUUCUGAGAGUCACUCCCGCUUGUCUACAUGAAGACCAGCAGACUCAGAGGACUCAGAAUUAUACAAAUGCCUUAAAAACCAUAACGCAUUACACAACUGGUCUUUUAGCGGGUUCCAAAUUGUGAUGGCCGAUGCUA